GGGCCUUGGGAGUGCAUGUCUAAGAUUUCCUGAAGGUAGCUGGAUGAGUAGUCAAGGUAGAUAAGAAAGCUAAUGGGGUACCUGCUUUUAAUUAGCAGAAGCAUCAAAUGUAAUGGAGGUUUUGCUGCGACUGUAAAAACUUUAAUUAGGUUACAACUGGAUCAGUGCAGUUCUGGUCACUGCAGGAAGGAGGUGAUUGCAGGAGAGAAAAUCAGAGGAAAUAUGAGGAUCUUGCCUGGUUGGAUAGUUUAGCUCUGAAAAUUAUGGGAGAAGCUUGUGUUUGAUUUCUUUGGAAUUGAGUUAGUUGAGAGGAAAUCGUGAGUGUAUAAAACUGAGUAGUUGAGAAAGGUGGAUACCAGGUAUUUCUGUUUGUUGAGGGAUUGCUAAAUGGGGGAAUAAAUUUAUGAUAGAGCUAGGAGGUUGAGAGAGUAAGUUGUUUCACUCGGGCAAGUGGGGUUCUGGAAUUCUGCCUAAAAAGGCGGAACGCCAAAUAUCUCAUAACAUUUAAAAAGUACUUGGAUCGGCACUUGAAGUGCUGAAGUCUGCAAGGCUGUGGUGCAAGAUUUGAAAGGUGGGAUUGGUGUGAAUGGCUACCUGUUAGCUGGUGUGGAUACAGUGAUUCGAAUGACUUUCUUCCAUGCUGUAAAUUUCUGUAAGAUUUAUGACAUUUUUUCAGAGAUGAGGAACUUCAAUUAUAUGGACAGAUUGGGGAAUCUGUUCUGUAACCAUCCUAAGAUAUACCAGGGAAAGGGAAUUGAAGACUUUAAGGAUCUUCGUGAGGACCUUGGGAAGUCUUUUUCAAGGUUACUGGGAUGGCUAAAGUGAAAAGGAAAUUAUUAAAGGAAAAAGUGGGAUGAAGACCAUAGAAGACGGACAAAAAUCUGGAGUUGGAGAAGCACUGGAUUCUUGGAGAGUUAUAGGGCUGGAGGCAAUUAUGGAGGCUGGGAAGGAUGACAUGUAAAGUGAUUUGAAACCAGGAUGACAAUUUUAAAUUGGUGGUUCUGAUAAUCAGAAACUAAUGUAAACCAAUGAACUGAACUUUGUCUGGCUUAGGGUACUGACUACAGCUUUAAUGACCUGAGGGUUAUGGAGAAUGAAAGAUGUGUGCCCAACUGGAGAGCAUUUGGAAGUCUGAAGAUGACAAAGGCAUAACUGAGGGUUCUGGCAGUAGAUGGCUUUUUGGGCACAGAAGUUGUGAACAGUUCAUUUCAAAACAGCUAUUGGCUGAAUAGGGAAUGAAAUCCAAGGUAACAGUUCGGCCUAUUGCUCAAAAUAGAUAGGGGAUUAAUCCCCAAAUUGCCUGGUAAAAUCCACUCUCAGGAUACCUGAUCAGAAAUGUUGCCUCUGUAUGUAGAAUGGAAGGAAAAGUGAGGAGCUGCUCCACAAUUCACAGGUUAUUGAACAAAACCAUGUGUUUACAUUGCUGUACCACUAAUUCUCUGUGCUGUUGAAACUGACUUCUCUGGGCAAUGCUGCAGACGUCAAACUACAGCCUUGUGCUGACAAUACAGUUCACAUUUAUGAUCUACGACUUGAUGUCCAAUUCCUUUUCUGAGCUUAUAUUCACGGAGCCAGUGAUCCCACUGAUAAUGUUCAUUAUUCAGGAUGUUGGAAUCCUCUUCAAUGUCAUCGUCAUCUUCCUAAUGUUUUUUAACACAUUUAUCUUUCAAGCUGGCUUGGUCAAAUUGCUGAUUCAUAGGUUUACUGGAACCAUUGUUGUUUCUGGCAUUUACUUCAUUUUAAGUGUCAGUUUUCAUGUUUGGAUUCAGAAUCUGCGAUGGUGGAACAUGCGUGGGUACGUGUGGACAAAUGGACUUCAAGCACUUUUUGUCUUCCAACGGUUGGCUUCUGUUUUAUACUAUUAUUUCUACAAAAGAACUACCCUCUGCCUUGGAGACCCUCGAUUGUAUGAGGACACAGAGUGGCUCCGAAAUGAAUUCUUCCGUGUCCGAAAAUAAAAUGACAGAAUGAUAAUUGUAGUGAUGCAUUGCAUUACAAAUGAACAGUUAUUUGUACAGAUUUGUAGCUGAGUAAAAAUGCGUUUGUAACUUAGUAAGAAUUUUAUAGCUAUAUUUUUGAAAAAGUACUCACUGGGGACUUUUCUACCUUAAAACAUUCAUGUUCUUUCUGAACUUGAGCAGUAAGAGGAGGAAUUUCUUUGAGCAUUUUAGUGCUGAAUCAUUCAGUUGCCAUUAGUUAUUUUUCUGUGUCAAAUAACAAUUAAUUUUGAUCAAAUCUCACCAAAUGUAUAAAUUUCUUUACAAAAGCAAAAUAUCACAGUUGCUGGAAAUCUGAAAUAACAUCAGGAAAUAGUGGGUUAGGAAGCGCCUGUAGAGAGAAAUGAAUUAAUGUUUCAGGUCACUGACCUUGCAUCAAAAUUCACUGAGAAUCAGAACACUUUGGAUGUCCUGAAUUUGUUGUCUCCCUUUUUCAGCUACUUCUCCCUGAAAACACAUGCUGCUGCAAGGAUGAAGUUCUAUGGCACGAAUAGUUCUCCCAGUUGACUUUAUUCAUGAGUAUUCUAGAUGAGUGGAUGUCAUCACUAUUUGAUUAUGAACAGCAUGGUAGCAGGUGCUAUUUGUGAUUUCAUCCUUAAGAGGUGAAUUUAUGGUUUUAUAUUUAUGGACAAUGGUAAAUACUAAUUACAUCAUGCCCAUUAGUUCUGAAUAGUUAUCAGGAUGGCAGUGCAAACUUUUUUCUUUUCUUUUCCUAGACCAAAGGCUAAGGCUAAUGGUAGCAGCAUAUAAAUUGGUUAUCUCAGCACAAAAAGUUUAACCUCCAGUUGGAUCUGCCUAACUUAGUGUUGCACUGUGUUAUGAAUAGUAUAUUGAUUUUAAACUGAAGGUUGAGAAGGUAGUAUUUUAUUUAGUGUUUGGAAUGUAUUAAUAAAGAGUAUUAAAGAUGAAUAAACAGUAUAUUUGAUCAUUAUAGAGCUCUAAUACAACUCUAGAUAAAUGUCAAAAACAAAAACAGAAGUUGCUAAAAAAAGCUCAGCAGGUCUGGCAGCAUCUGUGAAGAGAAAUCAGAGUUAACGUUUUGGGUCCGAUGAUCCUUCCUCGAAACCCAGACCUAAAAAAUUAACUCUGAUUUCUCUUCACAGAUACUGCCAGACCUGCUGAGCUUUUCCAGCAACAUCUAUUUUUGUUUCUGAUUUGCAGCAUGUGCUGUUCUUUCGGUUUUUAUCUAGUUAAGUGUCCAUGGUUUUGCUAAACUGUGGUAUUGUCGAAUGGAAAGAGGAAUUUUUUUAGUUACUCAAACAAACCAUCUUUUACAUAUAUUUCUGUGUCCCAUUUUGAGUUGAAUUUUCCCACAUGACCUUGAGGUAUCAGGAAGCAGAUUUUUGAAGGAGUCUGGGAGGAAAUAACAUGAAUUUUGCAACAUAUCCCACAUGACAAAGCAAUAGAUUGAUGGGAGGUGUGAACUUCUGUAAUAAUUCAGGCCUAGUUUAAUGCGCUGUACUUUUGGAGUGAGUUUCUAUCAGUAGCCCUACAAGAGAGGACGAGGUGAUAUUAAAGAUCCGUUAACAUUACAUGGCCCAAAGGUGUCCACAAGUCUCUGAAUUAGCAGAGCAAUCUGCAAUUGUUUUGACAUUUUGCUCUAUAUUUUAAUUGUUAUAUUUACAUGUAUAGAUGUUUAACUUUUAAUUUUUUUUACUUUUUAUAUAUUUUAAUCACUAUAAAAUAAUAUUUGGAUGUGCUGUGAUGUAUGAUUCUAAUUUUGACUUUGUAUUUUAUACCUGAAAGGUAUUUUGGAGGAAUAUUAAAUUCUACACAUAUUUCUUAAA